CAGUAGGGGAGCGGAGUCGUACUCUCUGUGCGAGUCCGAAGCCCUAAUAAAGAAGGAAAGAAAGCGAUUUGACUUCACAGUUCACGCACACACAUUCUCUCUCUCUCUCUCUCUCUCUCUCUCUCUCCCAGUCCACUGUUUGUAGCAUGAGACUCCAACUCAAUGUCCAUCUCCAAAGCACGGAGAGCCCAGGAAUAAAAGGUAGAAAACAAUAAUAAAUAAUAAUGGUAGAAUUCCUCAUUGCCUGAAUUUAGUAAGCUUCGUGAGAGGCCAUGGAGAUGGAGUACCAAAGGAUCCAAAAAGCGCAGCUUGCAAAUGUGAAUUUCAGGGUGGUGGAUCAUCGCCGGGGAAGUUGAGGACGAUGCUUCUCGGAGUCGACAGGAAGCCCAAGGAGGAGGAACACCUUCACUCUACUUUCACCUCCAGAUCUCAAUCUUCUCAUUCUUCUUCUUCUCCUCCUCCUCACUUUCGUGACGCAGGUGGUAGCAGCUCUGAUAAUUACAAAGAUGUAGAUGUUGUGAGCGUUCUUCCUGAAUGCUCCACUUCAACCGCAACUGACUCAUUAGGCUCGGAGAUGGCCAUUUCCCGGAGAUUGCCGGAUAACGCAUUAAACAAAUCAAGGCUUAGGACCCAAGAAGACCCUCCUUUGGAUUAUGAUAGUGUGCAUGAUGGGAUGAGCAUGUCCUCUUCUGUUUUUGAGUUUCAGAAGGCUGAGCGGGGUGCACACAGAGUGCCUCUCGGGGCUUUCUCAAAACCAGCACCAUCCAAAUGGGAUGAUGCCCAGAAGUGGAUAGCAAGUCCGACUUCAAACCGGCCAAAGAUUGGGCUGGCUCAAGUACAUGGGGGGCUGGCUCAAGUACAUGGUGGGCAAGGAGUUGGAUCACGAAAGACAACUAGUGUUGGUUAUGGAAGCUGGCAGCCAUCCACCAAGGUUGUUGUUGAAGCUCCAGAUCAAAAAGUGGUUGCUUUUGGGGAACCGGAUACAAAACGGAUUGAUACAACUCAAGCUAAGAUGGAUUCUGCAGGGACAAAGUUUGUCAGUUGGGAGGACGACCUUCCCUAUCCAAUUGGAGAUUCAUAUGGCAAGCCUGUGCUCAUGAUUGAGAACUCUGUUGGAGAGUCUGCGAAUUUUUUGGCAGUUAAUCUCAGCCGGCAUGAUUCAUCUGUAGCCAUCCAGAGUGCAACUACAUUUAUACCAACCCCCACAACAGCUCGGUCUGUAUCAAUGAGAGAUAUGGGCACUGAAAUGACUCCAAUUGCUAGCCAAGAACCUUCCAGGACUGGAACUCCUGUGAGGGCAACAACACCGAUUCGCAGCCCAACUUCUUCUAGGCCAUCUACUCCUGCCAGAGCUGCCAUUGCUUCAUCACCAUCUGAUCCACGUAAUGACCAUCUGGAUCCUAACAAGAAUGAGUUGUCUGAAAAGGAGCUACAAAUGAAAACCAGGAGAGAGAUAAUGGUCCUUGGGACACAAUUGGGCAAAAUGAACAUUGCUGCUUGGGCUAGCAAAGGGGAGGAGGAUAAGGAUGCAUCCACUUCAUUGAAAAGUUUAGCAUCAGAGCAACCGGCUAAAAGUAUUGUUGAGACACGUGCAUCAGCUUGGGAGGAGGCAGAGAAAGCCAAGUAUAUGGCCAGGUUCAAACGUGAAGAGAUGAAAAUUCAGGCAUGGGAGAAUCAUCAAAAAGCUAAAACAGAAGCUGAGAUGAGGAAAAUUGAGGUAGAGGUUGAAAGGAUGAGGGGACAAGCGCAGGAUAGGCUUAUGAAUAAGGUAGCAGCUGCAAGGCACAAGGCUGAAGAAAAGCGAGCAGCAGCUGAAGCCAAGAGAAACCGGCAAGCAGCAAAAACUGAGCGGCAAGUGGAGUAUAUACGCAGAACUGGUCGCAUCCCUUCCUCCUUUUCCUGCUGCGGUUGGUGCUCUUAAAAUUUGAAACACCUUCUGCGGAGGCCUUUUGUUGCUUGCUUGUCUCAAUUUUAUUUUAUUUUUUUAAUUUUUAAUUUUUGCAUAUGUUUCAUGUGCUGUGUAAAAAGCCUUUGCUUCUUUCUUAUACAUGAGCAUGUUGAUAUCAUCCAAUCCUGGUGUAAAAACUAAGACCUGGUUUUGCCAAGUUUAUGAAGAAAGGAAGUGCUUCCGAUAUUACUAUUAUAA